AAGCGGAACAAGAGGCAUUUAGAAAACGCUUGCACAGCGGAGGAUUGCUAAGGAACAUGUUUGCGGACUUCGCAGAGGAGGAUGGACCCUUCACAAGCCAAAGUCGCAAUAUGUAUUCUUGGGAGGAAUCAGAGGAGGAAGGUCCCUCCACAAGCAGCCAGGCCAUGAAGCGCCGAAAGAUGUCCGAGUUUUCUGACAGGACCCCAAUGCCUGUAGAAAAUCCAGGGAUAGAUGAGCCAAUACGAACAGACUCUGAACUUCCUUCGCCCUGUGGCUCAGUCUUAGAACCGCUACCCGAUCAGAUUAGUGUGGAGGGUUCGGAUCUGAAUGGUGUGGUGGCGCCGUCGGAAUCGGAGUGUCCUGAGAGUUCUAUGGAAAGUCAGGAGAAGUCAGAAUCUCCACCCCCUGAAGCAAUGGAAUGCGUGAUGUCCGGGGCAUCUUCCUCGAAAGAAGGCAAAGGUCCUACUAACCCUAAAAGCAAGCCCUCGCGCAUGUGCCUUGAAACGAUGAACUGUGAUCUAUUUUCCGUACUUCAAAUGAAUACAGAACUGGAUCUUGACUUGGAUGUGGAGGAAGUGGAUAACGCCUACUACAACAGCGCCAUAGGUAUAGUCGAAGUGCGACUUGGGCCUUCACGGGUAGGAUGGAUAUGGGCCAAUGGCGUGUUGAUGAUUUUUAACGGAGGAUGCGAAGAACAGGUGGCGGAAACCCUUAGUGAUAUGUCGGCCAAGAUCAUGGGGAACGUGAACUUUAAGGUCGACGUCUCCGACAAAAUCCUUCACUUACGCCUCUGUUCCAGUGGCAAUUUCCCCUGGAGUGUUAACUUGCAGGAAUUUCGUAAGGCCCACGCAAUUUAUUUGGAAAACCUUCGCGAGACGAACUUCGCCUUCUAUGUGGACAAGGAAAUACCCGGAGUGGCAGCUAAACUAUUUGAUACGGGAUUGGUUGAGGUGUUUGCCAUGACUUCAACUGAGGCUGACGAAAUGGUAAAGACAAUGUACCUGCUUUCGUACAGAUAUCGGAAUAAAUAA